AUGUCUUUGCUGCUGUCGGGGGUAGUGGAUGACGGCAAGUCGAAACCAGAAGUGGAACACACUCACUCUGAACGUGAGAAACGUGUUUCAAACGCCGUCGAGUUUCUCCUCGAUUCACGUGUGAGGCGGACGCCCACGUCGAGCAAGGUGCACUUUUUGAAGUCGAAAGGCCUUUCUGCGGAAGAAAUAUGUGAGGCGUUCACCAAAGUUGGACAACCGAAGACACUAAACGAAAUCAAAAGAAUUUUGAGCGAGCGGCCAUAUGUGCCAACAGGACCGAAUAGCCAGCACAUGACUCAGCCUUUGAGGGAUGAGAGCGCCGAUUCGGUUCCCACGCCUCAUCCAAACCAAUCCCGGCGUCACACUAGUUUACUUUACGCGCCACAAGCUCCACCGCUCCCCGAAGCGGCUGCUGCCACUCGCGGUGUGGACUGGAGGGAUUUGGUAAUCGGCGCCGGUGCUGCCGUGAUUGGCGGUUUUGCUGCUUUUAAAGCAUUUCAAUUGUAUUCGCCUUAUGAAAUCCGUCUAAAAGACGAAGGAAGCAAGCCACGAUCGCGACGCAGUCGGAGAGGGGGACGUCACGCGUCAUCUGACAGUGAGGCUGAGCGGUCACUCGUGCAUCGUGAAGUUCCUGCUCUUCCUGUACCCGCAAUUCCUGUUGCAUCUGAAAGCCACGUGGAUGCAAAGCAAGCUGAAAUUGAGAGGUUAAAGACUGAGUUGAAGGAGACUCAGGAAGCUCUUGAAGCAGAGAAAAAGGGCAAGGCUGAACUCUCCAUCACCCUCGGGAAGUUGCGGGGUCAGGUCACAGCAUAUUCAAGAACAAACGAAAAGCAGGAGUCACAAAUCAAGAGUCUUCAAGAGGAGGUAAACAGGUUGAAAAGUGAAAUUGAGAGGAAAGAAGAUUCUGCUAAAGUCAACGCCAAUAGUAAUGUGGAGGAAACCUUGGACUCUAAGGAAGAAGGUUUACCAUCCAGCGACACCGAGUCAAGUAACCCUAAUGGUGCCUCAUCUGAGGUUGCCCGGGACACCCAACAGCAGGAUGGCCCUGCCCCAUUAAGCACGGAAACGGACGGAACAGUUGUUGGCGGCGAGGCAGCUUGA